GCCAACUUGCGGUACUCUUAUUGUCAGUGACACUUUCGAAUGCGACUGAGUUUUCGCACAAAACUAAGAAAAUGCUCGAGAUCCUAUUAUCCCCUAGCCUUAUGUGCUGGGGGAGAGGACUGCUAUGUAUUUUAUCCGCAUUUAUUGUCGGACUUAGUGGCGUAGUUCCUCUUCUGUUUCUUCCAGUUAAUGGUUUAUGUUCAAGAAAAGAUAUUAUAUCUCUCAACAGAUGGCUUAGUUAUGCAACAGGAAGCCUUUUAGGAGAAGUAUUCAUACAUCUUUUACCAGAGUCUUGGAUUCACAGUGAUAUUGCUUCUUUUCAGAAUUCAGGACUUUGGAUGCUCACUGGACUGCUCUUAUUUUUUAUCAUUGAGAAAUUAUGUGUACAUGAGUCUUCAGACAAAGAGGUUGAAGGUUAUUUGAAUCUCGUUGCCAAUGUGAUUGAUAAUUUUACUCACGGUGUGGCUAUUGCAGGAAGCUAUCUAGUAUCACUUCGAUUGGGUAUUCUGACAACCACCUGCAUACUAGUACAUGAAGUUCCUCAUGAGAUGGCUGAUUUUGUUAUUUUAUUACGAAGUGGAUUCACUCGAUGGGAAGCUGCCAAGGCUCAGCUGGCUACAGCUUCUGGGUCAACUCUGGGUGCUAUCCUCACGCUGUGCGCUAAUGCAGCAGUAACAGGUUGUACAACCAAAUGGAUUUUGCCUUUCACUGCCGGUGGUUUUCUGUAUAUCGCUUUAGUUUCUCUAUUACCUGAUAUUUUAAAAGAGUUAUCAUUCAAAGAAUCACUGAUUCACUUAGGUCUCAUUUUUAUUGGAUUAAUUUCAAUGGCAAUUGUUUCCUAUGCAAUGGAUUAAUAUUACUUAUUGUGUAUGAAUACCAAUCAGAUUAGUCGAUUCAAAGGAAAGUAAUAAUAAUAAUAUCAAUAAUAUUUGAUGAAUAAGCCAUAUAUAUCAACUGCUUACUCACUUUCCAAUUUGAAGUGUGCCUCUUCAAGAGAAACCCGUGAUAAUCACUCACUCACCCACUCAUCAAAGACAACCACACACAAAUACAAAGAAAUUGAAAGAUAGAAAGAGAAGACAAAAAGUUGAUUUCUAAAUUUUAUUUUUAUUCCCAGCGUUUG